AUGCCGUGUGGCUCAGCGGUCGCUCUGUUCCUGCUAAUGCUCCAGGGUGCCUGGGGUUGCCUAGACCUCGUCUGCUACACCGAUUACUUACAAACAGUCACCUGCACCCUAGAGACAAGGACCCUCCAGUCCGGCACGCUCACCCUCACCUGGCAAGACCCAUAUGGAGAGCUGGAGGAUGAGGUCACCUCCUGCAGCCUCCACCGGUCCUCCCACAAUGCCACGCACGCAGAGUACACGUGCCACAUGGAUGUGUUUCACUUCAUGGCCGACGACAUUUUCAGUGUCAACGUCACAGACCAGUCUGGCAGGUCCUCCCAGGAGUGCGGCUGCUUCGUCCUGGCUAAGAGCAUCAAGCCGUCCCCCCCUUUCAACGUGACCGUGACCUUCUCGGAGUAUUGUAACAUCUCCUGGAGCUCCAAUUACGAUUUCUUCACGCUGAAGGGCAAGCUGCAGUAUGAGCUGCGAUACAGGAAGCUGGGAGGCCCCCGGGCUCUGGCUCCAGGGAGAAAGCUGAUCUCGGUGGACUCGAGGAGCGUGUCUCUCCUUCCCUUGGAGUUCCAGAGUGACUCGAGCUAUGAGGUGCAGAUCCGCGCAGGGCCCCAGCCCGGCUCCUCCUUCCAGGGGACCUGGAGUGAGUGGAGUGACCCGGUCACCUUUGACACCCAGCCGGAAGAGAUAAAGGGAGGCUGGCACAUUUACCUGCUCUAUCUCCUGCUUGUCUUCAUACUCCCCAUCCUCGUCUUCUUAGGCCUGAAGAUCCACCUGCCUUGGAGGCUGUGGAAGAAGGUGUGGGGGCAGGUGCCCAACCCACAGAAGUUCUUCCAGCCCCUCUAUGUGGGCCACAGUGGAGACUUCAAGAAAUGGGUGGGUGCACCCUUCACUGCCUCCAGCCUGGAGCUGGGACCCCAGAGCCCCGAGGUGCUUUCAUCCCUGGAGAUGUUCAACCUUUGCCCACUUCAGAGCGCCGCCAAAGGGCCUCAGCCCAUGCCUCUGCCGGAGCCCACCGACCUGGUAGAAGCCGACGAGGGGCCUGAGCCGGACUCCUGGGGCCCAGCCCCUGCCACCACCGGCAGCUUGGGUGGCUCGGCUUAUAGCCAGGAGAAGGACCAAGUGUACAGCGUACUGUCCAUCAACACGGUGACCGUAGCAGACAUGGAGGGGCUGUGUGCCUGGUCCUGCACCUGUGGGGAUGACGGCUACCCAGCCCUGAACUUGGACACCAGCCUGGAGCCCGGCUCAGGCACUGAGGACCCGCUCUUGGACACCGGGACCACAGUCCUCUCCUGUGGCUGCGUCUCGACUGGUGGCCUUGCCGGGCCGGGAGGCCCUCCUGGCAGCCUCCUUGACCAGCUAAAGCUGCCCCUUGAAGAUGAGGCAGGUUGGACCCCAGGCCCGCCGUGGAGUGGCGGGCCCCCCAGAGGGGCGUCUGACAGCGAAACGGGCUCGCCUCCCGCCAGCCUGGACAUGGACACUUUUGACAGUGGCUUCGCGGGCUCUGACUGCGGCAGCCCUGUGGAGUGUGACUUCACCAGCCCCCGGGACGAGGGGCCCCCCAGGAGUUACCUCCGCCAGUGGGUGGUCAUGGCCCCGCCAACCGAGGGACCCGGGCCCCAGGCCAGCCAGUGA